GAAUUCCAAGCAUGGCUACUAGAGGUCAAGAAAGCCAACAUUGAAACGUUGCCACAAUCUGACAGAAAGAAGCUAUUUAUCGAUUUCAUGGAUGAUUACAAUACGGCAACCAUGCCUCAUGAAAAAUUCUACAACUUGGCACGAUGGGAAGCGCGUCAACAGGCACUGCGGAUGGGAGAAAAGGUCCCGGACGAUGCUUCUGGCUCGGUCAAUUUGUUACGCGACGAAGAAAUCCUCAGACAACAACAUCGCCAAGCAGCUGCCCGUGCUGCUUCCAGCCAACCCUCGUUGCAAUUGUCAAAGGAACAGUUGGACGAGCUGACCAAAGUCAACCGCGAACGUGUUCAAGCGGAUCGUAUGCGCAAAUUGGGCAUGACACCGAAAGAAAGCAUGGGUGUUCGUUAUCAGUACGAGUAUGACUAA